CCCAGUGAGAGGGGGAUGAACAGUCGAGCCAUGAGGGAGAUGUUCAGGAGUUCAUAGAGAUGCUGGUCAGUACAGCACUUGACCUGACUGAUUCAAGCCCUGGAGGACACAGACGACGAGUUGUACCUCCCGCCCAUGAGGAAGAUUGACAGCCUKCUCAACGAACAAAAGAGGAGACUGUUAAGGAGAGUCAACAUGAGUGGCCAACACCAGGAGACUCUGCAUAUGUUCCCCAAAAUGACGGCAGACCCCCUGGACUCUGGAGCGGUCAAAGUGCACCUCGGCGGCGAGUGCUACAACCGUAAAACCCUCAACCGCGUCAAGAAGAGCACCACGCCCAAACAGCAGGACCUCAAGCUGUCCACAGAGACGUGUCGUGUCUAUAGCCUUUAUCAUUCUCUCCAUCACUACAAGUAUCACACCUUUCUGAACUGCAAGAAGGAGACGGACAGUAUAGAGCAGGCAGCGGAGGACCCUGGGCAGGAGGAGGUGGUGCAGCAGUGUAUGGCCAACCAGGGCUGGCUGGAGACCCUCUUCAACUCCUUCAUCGACCUGCUAACCCUCAGCACCAAAGCCUGAUGAGGGAGGAAGGGGCACAGUCCGAAAUAGUGCACUACAAUUGGCCAGGGCCAUAGGGCCUAUAUGGAGAAUGGGAUGCCAUUUGGAAAGCAGUGGGUUGGAGAAGGGAGGGGAGGGAGGAGGUAUACAGUAUUUGGGAGACAAAGCAAGAGAGUUGGAGUGGAGAACACUGGACCGUACCAAGAUGGAGAGAGAGGGGGGUUUCAGACCCUACCAUUCUUGUUCUUUCCCAGCGAGAAAGAAAGAACUGGCAAUGUUCGGUCUAUGAGUACGGUUGAGUUUGAACUUAAAAUGGAUGCUACAAUGAACUGUUUUUAGCGCUUUUGUUUCGUUUUUCUCUCACAAAAUAUCUCUUGACUAAAGAAAAGAGAAGGACGGAGGAGAGCAGAGGAGGCGGAUUGAAAAUAGUGAAUGUGUGAAAGGGUAUGACUUCUGCCACUUGACCUGAACAGGGAAAGCAGGGGACCACGGUGAAUCUACAUCCAAACAUGCACGGGCACACACACCAACAUACAAACAGUAUAUAUAUAUACGUAUAUGUAUUAAUAGUUAUGAUUUGUAUUAUUUAUACAAGGAAAUUACCCUCCCUAGCUGGGAUUGUUUGCUGUUGUUAUUUUAAAUAAUCAUGUUUUAUUAGGGUAACAUGAAAUGGUCUACCUGAAAUCCUUUGCUCAGUCCCCCGUUUACUGCUGAAGGGGAAAAAAGAGUGGAGGGGAGCAAAACUGAGGUGAAGGGAGGGAAGGGGAGAGAGGUUAGAGGAGUGUGUGAUGUUCCCUUUUUUCUGUCUGCCUAAAUAAAUUGUGAGGGGGAAAGAUGCAUUUAAAAACUAAGCAAACUGUGUUCUUUAUGUUUGUUCUUCAAAAGACAAUGAGAGCAGAGUUUACACCUGAAGUUAAUAAAUUAAAAUAAAUAUCUGUUCGCUUUCUAAAAGAAAGCUCUGUGGUUUUAGGGAGGUGUAACUGUUAAAAGCGUAUAAAAUCUGUGUUAACUGUUUUUAUUUGAUCUGUUUGUUGUUUAUGAUAAUUAUUAUUUUGGAGGUUUACCUAUUUGUUCAAGCUCUCUUAUCUGUAAAUAUUGUACAGUUACUUCAGUCUCUAAAGCCCAGUUCCUCUUCUGUACAUGCUAUUCCUGUAUUUGACAAAAGCAAAUAAAACAUUGAAAUUGAUGAAAAUGACAGGGAAAAA